CUAGCAGCCUGUCAUGUCUGUCUGUCUGUGGCCGCACGUCCUCCUUAUAUUCAUGGUUUCUGUUUGUUUUCUGCCGUCAUGGAGGAGGACGCACUACAGGUCCCAGCAUGUGGGGUGUGCACCUAGAAGUGGGAAUAGUCCCAGUAAUUGCUACUUUAUGACUCUUUUUCCAUGGAUAAUAAUGUGAUGUGACUUCUGUUUCUCUGCACCGUUUAGUCAGUGCUGUUAUCAGAGCGUCCUGGGUGAGGAGCCAUAGUCAUACAGCGGCAUGGAGGAGGCUCCCAAAGGGACCUUUGAAGAGGAGCUGGAAUGGUGCAUCCAUCAGCUGGAGACUGGGCUCCUGCGCCGCAAUCCCACGCCAAGACAAGUGACAGACACUGAGCGGGUACUGCGGGUCCUCCGCUCUCGGAAAGCUCCCUUUGUGAAGAAGAGGCAGGUGAUGAACCAAAUAUUUGGAAACUACCGUCAACAAAUGGCUGAGGAUAGACAGGCGCAAGAACAUGCAGCCAAUGAUCCCCCGGAACCUCAGAUUCAAGAAGUGACUGCUCGAGAUGCCCAAAGUAUCGCCUAUAGAAAGAGCUCAAAGGAUGUACAAGGUGGCGGCGGGCACUGGUCCACACCUUCCAGCAGUGACUUUUUCUUUAACUUCUUCCCUGAUCAGAAUGCAGAAGGUAGCACUGGAGCGGAAGACCAUGCCAAGGAGGUGAAAUGUCCCGACCCGCCGACUAGCCAACAGGACGGUGCUGUGUGUUUAGAUGGUGGCUCGGCUUUCACCUUCAAUUUUCAAAUCACAGAAAAAGCGUGUAGCACUUCAGAGAGCUCCUCAGCUCAACAGGCCACACAUAACACCUCAGGCGACCACCUUGACCCUCACCACAUGGCUCAGGCAGUUGCUCAGGAACGUUUGUCCUCUACAUUAGAUAUGGUGGCCAGUUCCUCAGUGGUGACGGCUAAGCAGACUGAAGACAAAAGUACGGCAGAGUCCCCAAAGAAGAAGAAGAAGAAGAAAAAGUCCAAGACUAAGAAUGUGGUGGCUCAGACACAGAACAAGGUGGAGGAACCUAGAGGAAAGGUGGAUCCGGUUCCACCCCUGAAGGAAGAACCUAAGCUUGUUCCCCAGUCAGGAGCUGAUGAGCUAAGAAGGGAACUGGAUUGGUGCGUAGAGCAGCUCGAAAUAGGACUACAGCGUCAGAAAUCGACUCCCAAACAGGUGGAGGAAGCGUUACGUGCCAUAAAGACUCUGCGCAGUGAGAAAGUACAGUUGGUAAAGAAACGGCAAGUCAUGCGGCUAAUGUUCGGUGACUACCGCCUGAAGAUGGAAGAGGAGAGGGUCAAACAGCUGAGACUGAUGCAAGCCGCGGCUAAAUCAGCAAGGAUGACCACAGUGACUCGGACAGCGAGACAGAACAGCAGCAAGGUUUUCCGAAAGAGCGUCCACAAAUCCUCGAGGAAUGCUGCACCUAAUUCUGCUGCUCCUGCAGACUCUCAGGGAAUCUCCGAUCAGACAGCAGCUCUGUCCUCAUCCAGUCAGCAAGAAUUCUCCUUCAGACCUUCCCAGGAGGCUUUCUGCUUUAACUUCUUCUAAUAGCCAGAACCGCACGACGUGGCAGCCAUUUUCUUGAGGACAAAUUUGCCCUUCUAUACCUUAGGGGGUGAAGUUCCU